CUCCAAACACAGUCAUGUGUGCUCUGGGCAGAUCUUUGACCUGAAACUCCCCGCCCCGCCCCUUCCCACAGGUGCCCCUCAUCACCCACACAGCCAGUCCUCCCCUGCCACACAUCCAUGCCGGGCUCUCUCACGAGAACACAGGCGCUGCACCCCACUCUGGACACGCUCAGCCUGGUAAACCAAAGCCAGAAAGAUGCAGGUACCAGGGGUUCUGCCCCUGUCACAGAAGGGGACAAGGAUCCCUGGGCCAUCUCUGAGCAGAAGGACACAGACCAGCCCUGGAAAGAGCUCAAUAGGGCUGGCAAGGUACGUCGUGUGACCAUCGGCAUCCUCAAGGCCUGUGGACUCCUGGGGAACCUGUACCUCUUCAUUUGCUCCCUGGACGUACUCAGUUCUGCCUUCCAGCUGCUGGGCAGUAAACUGGCCGGGGACAUCUUUCAGGACAAUGUAGUGCUGUCUAACCCAGUGGCUGGACUGGUCAUUGGUGUGCUGGUCACGGUGCUGGUGCAAAGCUCCAGUACCUCCUCUUCCAUCGUGGUCAGCAUGGUGGCCUCUGAGCUGUUGACCGUCCAGGCUUCCGUGCCUAUCAUCAUGGGCGUCAAUGUGGGCACCUCGAUCACUAGCACCCUAGUGUCCAUGGCGCAGUCGGGGGACAGAGAUGAGUUUAGGAGGGCAUUUGGCGGGUCGGCGGUGCACGGCAUCUUCAAUUGGCUCACGGUACUGGUUCUGCUGCCACUGGAGACGGCAGUUGCAGCGCUGGAGAGGCUCAGCGGUCUGAUCCUGGGUGCAGUUAACCUGCAGCCUGGGACACGCACCCCGGAUAUCCUCAAGGUCCUGACACAGCCGCUUACUCACCUCAUAGUGGAGCUGGACCCUGACGCCAUCACAGGGAGUGCCACGGGCAAUGCAACGAACAGCAGCAUUAUCAAGCGAUGGUGUGGGACCAGGGAGGAGCUGAUCCCUGGGAAUGGCAGCAACUGCGGAGAUCUCUGCCCGGAGGGGAACAGUUCCACGGUGCUGCUGCCCUGUCACCACCUGUUCACCUACACGGAGCUCAGCGACCUGGCCGUGGGCCUCAUCCUGCUGGCCGGCUCCCUGCUCGUGCUUUGCUCCUGCUUGGUGCUCAUCGUCAAGCUGCUCAACUCCGUGCUGCGGGGCAGUGUGGCCCAGGCCGUGAGGACCAUCAUCAACGCAGACUUCCCCUUCCCAUUCAGCUGGCUCAGCGGCUACCUGGCCAUCCUCGUGGGGGCGGGUAUGACCUUCGUCCUCCAGAGCAGCAGUGUCUUCACAGCUGCCAUUGUGCCCCUCAUGGGGGUUGGGGUGAUCAGCAUGGAGAGGGCCUACCCCCUCUUCCUUGGCUCAAACAUUGGCACCACCACCACGGCCGUGCUGGCGGCCCUGGCCAGCCCUGCAGACAUGUUGCUUUCUGCUGUUCAGGUGGCGAUCAUUCACUUCUUCUUCAACCUGGCGGGCAUCCUGCUGUGGUACGUGGUGCCUGUCCUGCGGCUGCCCAUCCCGCUGGCCAAGCGCUUUGGAAACGUGACAGCACGCUACCGCUGGGUGGCCAUCGUAUACCUGCUGCUCAGCUUCCUGCUGCUGCCCCUGGCCGCCUUCGGGCUGUCCCUGGCGGGGGGCGUGGUGUUGGCAGGCGUAGGGGGGCCCCUGCUGGGGCUGCUGUUUCUCGUGGUCCUGGUAAAUCUGCUGCAGCGGCACAAGCCCGCUUGGCUGCCCCGCUGCCUGCGCUCCUGGUCUUGGCUGCCCCGCUGGCUGCGCUCCUUGGAACCCUGGGACCACGUGGUGACUCGCUGCUGCCCCUGCGGUAUCUGCAAGGCCCCCGAGCCCUCCGCCAAGGAGGCCUACUGCUACGACAACCCCGAGGUGGUGGCCUCCCAGCAUUUGUGA